GGUCCCAGGGAUCGAACCCACUACCUUAGCGUUACAAGCGCCGUGCUCUACCAGCUGAGCUACAGAGGACCAUUGAUUUAGGCGCAGUGCACUAGUAGUGUGUUUGAAGUUUCUAAAAUGUUCCUUUAGUUUUUGAAACUACCCGCUGGGGUCUUGAAUUGAGUUGUAAACUGACAGAUGAAUGCUGACAGCUAAUAUAUUUUCUAUCAUAUGAUACAUAAAAGGUGUCAAGAUAUACAAGUGUAUUUAAAAAAAAUAAUAAACUAAAUAUAGUGUCAAAAUUAAUAGUGUUUUCUUUGUAUCAAUGGUGCCUGAAUGAAAAUGAGAGACUGAAAACCCAUCAAUAAAAUCACUGAAACCUAACAAAAUAACACACAUGAGGAAAUAGUUGAUUAUCUUAGGACACCAUUUAUGGAAAUAUGGCUAUCAAAUUAACAUCACUGAACAUAAGACAUCAGAUCUCCAAACCCUCAAAAUAAAGGAGCUUGUAAAAUAAACUCAUUUUUUACCAGAACGUUGUCAAACUACCAAUCCAGACAAAUGUUCUAGGAGUGAGAGUAUGCAAAUAUGGCUAUUGAAGUGUCAUUUGAAAAUAAGGAGCGCCACGUCCUCCAACCCUCACAAUGAAGAGGCUUAUAGGUAUAAUAUAACAAAAAUAUCCUUCUUGUUUUGCCAGAACUGGAUUAACUACAGUACCAACCCAGGCACAUAUUCUGAUAAAGUAUAUUGUAGAAAAAAUAUCCCCCCAAAAAUGUUGAUUUAAGAUUUCAUUACCUCAUAUUACCUUUUGCCUACCUGGACCACCCACAUUUUCUAUUAUAAAUCAUUAGCACAGGCCAUGGCCUAGAUUACAAUGCUAUUUCAUGGUUAUUACUGGUUAAUUUGGAGGUACUGAUACAUAAUUAACUUUAUCAUUGUGUUGCCAAUUAUUAACCUUUACAAUCACCCCCAGGUACACCCAAAUUCUAAACAGCAGAUUUCUCAAUUCAGGAUGUCAUGCACAACGUGACACCUCGUACGACAAGCAAAUUGUGCAACUUCAAGGUAGACGGUUGUAGGCUACUACGUAGCAUUUGAUCAUUUGUCUCUACAGCUGGUGGCUGUUGUGUUCUGUUCAGAAACGGUCUGUUUAAAGAACAAUCUGCAAACAUGGGAGAGUGGGGAUUUCUGUCAUCCCUGCUGGGCAAGGUGCAGUCACACUCCACGGUCGUCGGUAAAGUUUGGAUGACUGUCUUGUUUAUCUUCAGGAUCAUGGUCCUGGGGGCCGGGGCAGAGAAGGUGUGGAGCGAUGAGCAGUCUAAUAUGAUUUGCAAUACCAAACAGCCCGGCUGUAAGAACGUGUGCUAUGACCACGCCUUCCCCAUCUCCCACAUCCGCUUCUGGGUCCUUCAGAUCAUCUUCGUCUCCACCCCAACGCUGGUGUAUCUGGGACAUGUCAUGCACGUCAUCCACAAGGAGAACAAACUGAGGCAACGGCUAAGUCAGGCAGGCAAUGAGAUGGGGAAAAUGCCUAAAUAUUCUGAUGAGAAGGGUCAUGUCAAAAUCAAAGGUGACUUGCUGGUCAGUUACAUGGUCAAUAUCUUCUUCAGGAUUUUGCUGGAGAUAGUGUUUAUAGUGGGUCAGUAUUACUUGUAUGGGUUUGUGCUGGACCCCAAGAUUGAAUGCAGCAGAGCUCCCUGUCCGUUCACUGUAGAAUGCUUCAUGUCACGACCAACAGAGAAGACCAUCUUCAUCAUCUUCAUGCUGGGGGUGGCGUGCGCAUCUCUGCUGCUGAAUGUGGCGGAGAUAUUCUAUCUGAUCUGCUCCAAGUGUGGUUCUGGCUCAAGAAGAUGAGCCCAAGCAGUUCCAGCCAUCGCAAUGCACAGCUGUCUGAAUGGAGGUAGUAUGAUGCAAAACGAGAAGAUGAGUCUUCAUGCAACUGGUCACAGCACAGCCUGAAGUCACUGAUCACCAAUCAACUAUUGUAAACACUAUUGACAUUUCUGUUGACAUACCGAGGAAGGAUGCCCCUGAAACUGUUAGCCCUACAAUAAUGCAGGGUCUUAAAGGUCCAGUGCAGUCAAAAACGUGAUUUUCCUGUGUUUUAUAGAUAUUUCCACAUUAUGAGGUUUGAAUAAUGCAGUGAACUUGUGAAAAUAAUGAUAAUGCCCUUUCAGUGUAAGAGCUGUUUGAAAUGACCACCUGAAAUUUCAGCCUGUUUUUGUGGGAUGGAGUUUUGGCCUUACACAGU